AUCUGUGCUAACUGAGUUAUGCAAUCCUUGCAGAAGCCAUGAACCAGCAAAGUUCCCAGGACUUUCGGAAGUUCCGCAGGUGUCCAUUUUUUGCAGCAUGAAGGCAUUCCUGCAGAUUCUCCAAUGCACUGUGAAAGAAAGACUCACUACACCAAAAGCCCUCCUUCCAUAUUGAGGAAAAGAUCGUCCGUGAACAAAGCUCUCAGCCAGAAGCAAAAAGUAGGGAGAAGAGUUCGUUUCCAGGAACCAGAAGAAAUUAUUGGACGUGUUCAUGACAUUUCCUGCUGUGACUACAUAGUUGCGCACAAGAGGCCCACAAGCGUACUGCCUUUGUUCCUGGGGAUUUCCCUUUGUGCGCUCCUGCUUUUGGCUUUAAGUCUCUACUACAGCAACGUGAGGCGAGAUUUCAAAGUCUUGGAAGAAUUCCACACCCAGCUUGUUAUCGCCUUCCUUCAGAUCAGGCGCGUUGCUGCGAUAUGUUGGGCCUGGUUUAUGAGGCUCUAG